AUGCCAUCCUCUAUUGCAUAAUAUUUUGGAUUUUCAGGCAACAAAUAUACUGAAAUUACAAAUGUAUAUUUUUCAAUUUAAGAAUGGAUGCUUGUUGAGACUCAAAUAACGAGUUUAUCUGUUUUGGAUUUUAUUUAAUAGGUUGGAUUACCAAUAAAUAUUAAUGAUUAAGUUAGUUAAUUACUAAUAGCUUGUCCAUACUCUAACGAUAUUAAAAUAUAUAGGAUUUAGUUUAAUUUAACGGAUGGAAAAAUUAUUGGAUUUUAAUCUUCUGGGUCUUUAUUUUUAGAUUUUUCAAAAUAAUACUCAUUUAAGACUGCCAAUAAUCUAAUUAUGAUAGAUUCUGCUUAUGAGCUAAAAGGUAAUUAAUCUGUUGACUUAUUCAUGUAUAAUGUACAAGAUUUGUAAAUUAUAUAUUUCAUUUUAGGCUUUAUUCAAAUAUGCAAGUUGUUCCAUUCAUAAGUUCUAAAUAACCCAUUUUUACUAGUUAUCGAAUUUUUUGUCAAAUGAGGGGAGAUUAUUAUCUAUUGUCAGGGUAAUAUGAAAAUAGAUCAUUAAUUAUUAAUAUUAAAAAUUCUUUAAUAUUUAAUGUCAGUAUUUAUGAAGAUUAGCAAGCAGAAAUUGAGAUUCUUGCUUAAAACUAAUAAACCUAAUUUUAAAGAUCUAUUUUUGUUAUGAAUGAACAAAAUGAUGAUGAUGAUGAUAAUAAUGAUGAUGAUGAUGAUGAUAAUGACGAAAAUGAUGAUAAUGAUAAUGACGAAAAUGAUGAUAAUGAUAAUGACGAAAAUGAUGAAAAUGAUGAUGAUAAUAAUGAUGACGAUGAUGAAAAUAUUAACCCAAAUUAAAAAUUCAAAUCAAGACUCAUAAUUAUCAUUGCCGUUAGUAUUCUUUUGAUUAUCAUUAUUAUUGUGAUCGUCGUUUUAUAUUGCAAAAAAAAAGAGAAAUAACAACAUAGCAACGAAAUGUCAUAUUAAUUAGUAUGA